GCGCUACUUAAGGGUGGCCAGUUUCCCCCAGUCGAAGAUGCCUCUACCUCGGAUUGGAUUGUCCCGGGCCGCUGCGAUGGCGCGGCCAGUCCACCGUGCUCCUGGGCAUUUUCACGGCUUGGCGUCAACUGCAGUGGCGACGUCGUCUCUGUUUCAUACCACCUCCAGACAGCCAGCAAGAAGAAGAUCAGACGGAAAGAUGACACCCACAGCACCGGUAGGCAGGAGAUCGCUCGCCACGACUACUCCUGCUCAGCACCCGUCGCACAGUCAACUAACUCAGGACGACAUUGAACAUUUUGCAUCGAUUCUCUCAACACCUGAAACAUCGCUACUGACAACGCUCGCGACGUCUUCCACGUCGUCAAGGAUGCCCAAGCCCGUUGAUGCAUCGGAGCUCGACGUUUUUAACAAGGAUUGGAUGAACAAGUACCACGGUCGCUCUGCAUGCGUCCUCAAGCCCAAGUCGACAAAGGAGGUCUCGGAGAUCAUGCGAUACUGCCACCAGCGCAAGCUCGCCAUAGUGCCUCAAGGCGGGAACACUGGCCUCGUUGGUGGAGGAGUUCCCGUGCGAGACGAAGUCAUCGUUAACCUGGGUUCCCUGAACAACAUUCGGUCAUUUGACGAAGUUUCCGGCACCCUUGUCGCCGAUGCCGGCUGCAUCCUCGAGGCCCUCGACAAUCACAUUGCCGAAAAGGGCUACAUGAUGCCCCUCGAUUUGGGCGCAAAGGGCAGCUGCCAGAUCGGUGGCAACGUUGCUACCAAUGCCGGCGGACUCAGGUUUCUCCGCUAUGGUAGCCUUCACGGAAAUGUGCUAGGCCUCGAGGUGGUGCUGCCGAAUGGCGACAUCCUCGAUGGCCUCAGUACGCUCCGCAAGGACAACACUGGCUUCGACCUUAAGCAGCUCUUUAUUGGAAGCGAAGGCACGAUCGGCUUGAUCACGGCCGUAUCCAUUGUCACGCCUCGCAGACCAGCUGCGGUAAAUGUAGCUGUCUUUGCCGUGGACUCAUUCGAGGCCGUCCAGCAGGUCUUUUCCACCGUCAAGAGGCAUUGCGGCGAGAUCUUGUCAGCCUUCGAAUUCUUUGAUUCGCAGAGCCUCAAUAUGGUCAAGAGCCAUGCCACAGCAAGCAUCAAAGACCCCUUUCAAGAACGACAUCCUUUCUACGUCCUCAUUGAAACGAGUGGGAGCAGAAAGGAGCACGAUGAUGAGAAACUCACUGAACUACUCGAAGAGCUGAUGGAGUCGUCACAGAUCACCGAUGGUGUGCUUGCCCAAGAUGAGACACAGCUUCAGUCACUUUGGGCGCUCAGGGAGUCGAUUCCUGAAGCAUGCGGGAAGCUGGGAAGCGUCUUCAAGUACGACCUCUCAAUGCCCGUGCCCAAGAUGAAUGAGUUGGUCGAAGAUAUGCGAGGGCGUUUCAAAGAACGAGACAUGCUAGGCAAAGGCAAGCCCGUUAAGGAGGUCGUCGGUUACGGGCACAUUGGGGAUGGCAAUCUUCACAUCAACAUUGUCGCCGAGUCGUACGCGCCUGAAAUCGAGUCGGUGAUCGAGCCCUACAUUUAUGAGUGGGUCAGCCGGGAGAAGGGUUCGAUCUCGGCGGAGCAUGGGCUGGGAAGGAUGAAGGGCCAGAAGAUCGGGUACAGCAAGAGCCAGACGAGCGUAGCCCUGAUGGAGGAUCUCAAGAAGCUCCUCGACCCCGACAACCUGCUCAAUCCUUACAAGUAUCUUCCUUCGUCGUACCGGUAGGAUUAGGUGGCCCAAAUUCGUCCAUUUUGUUGCUCCUUUGCCGGCGCCGUCGAGGGUAUUUAACAAUGAUAGAGUGCUUGAAUUUUUAAGAUUUUCUUGGACACGACUACCGUGUUGCGCAUAGACGCUAUAAGCUGACAGUCAGCUGACCACAGUGGUCGCGCAGGCACUUGGCGACCAAUGCCUACUGUUCUUAUGUUCUGCAACGCAGAGGAAUCGAUACAGAACUUGG